AUGGCGCAUCUCGUUGAGAAUGGGGUUAUCAAUGAUGGUAGUUGGCAGUUAUCAAUUUUGGUCACUGAUAUGAAUAUUCAACGAAAUCUUUAUGUAACUGGUGGUUUGCAUAUUGGUGGCCUUAUGUUAAGACUUGUCGAUGAGAUCGACGUUACUCGUGAUUGGAGUGAUCAUGCAUUAUGGUGGCCAGAAAAACGAAAAUGGCUAACGCAUACUCGGAGUACCUUGGAUCAAAUUGGUGUAACAGCUGAUUGUUGCCUUGAAUUUACACCGCAACACAAACCUGCUAGAGUUCAGUUGCCGGAUUUGCAAAUGGUUGAUGCACGUCUUGACUUUUCGGUAAAUAUUGUCAAGGCAACUCAGCAGUUAUGCCGAGAAAUUGGUAUUCGCUAUUCUGAGGAGCUUUCACUAAAGCGUUUUAUCCCUCCAGAACUUCUUCGUAAAGGUCUUGGGUUCGAAGCAGAUCAAGCUGGACCUCAACCGAUAAGGCCUGGCGAGGAAUCUAUUGGUCCUGGUACACUUCGAAAGCAGGCUCCAAUCAGCGCAUCUGCUUCAAACCUUUCUGGGACGCGUCGUGGCACUAGUCCUGCAAUAUCACAGAGUGGUCAAAUGUUCAAUGCAAGUGAACUAGGAACUUUACCGCGUUCUGGAACUUUACCGAGAGGUGUUAGUCCCGGCCCCGCAGCGUAUAGUGGAACUAUUGGACGUAGUCCAAUUAUGCCAUCAGUUUCUUUUUGUGAAGGGCUUGAAAACGAACAAUAUGAUAUGGCAUUGGUGCAUUCGCCUCGAAUUGUUCCAAACAAGGAAAUGACUGUAUUUCGUCCACAAAAUUUCGUUGAAAAAGCAGCUCUCAAUCGUGGUUGGCUGGACUCUUCGAGAUCGCUUAUGGAACAAGGAGUUUUCGAGGGUGAUGUUGUUCUUCUUAGGUUCAAAUUCAUGUCAUUUUUUGAUAUAAACCCCAAGUAUGAUCCUAUUCGUAUUAAUCAGCUUUAUGAACAAGCGAAAUGGUCGAUACUUUUAGAGGAAAUCGAUCACACUGAAGAGGAAGCCAUGCUUUUUGCAGCACUUCAACUUCAAGCUACGUUGCAACGCAGUACUCCGGAACCAGAUGUUUCUGAGAAAGAUGAUGUUGAAAUACUACUGAAUGAGCUUGUAAAUAUUCUGUCUUUAUGUUUUUCGUUUUUUAUUGGUCUUAAGCAGUUGAAGCUAAAAAUAAUCUUAAUUAACUCAUUUAAAACACAUUCUCAUUCUCAGGAACAGAAUUUGGACGCAGCAGCUUUGAGUCGAAGAUCAGACUUAAUGCAGGUUCCAGAAUUGGCUGAUUAUCUCAAAUAUAUGAAGCCUAAGAAGCUAGCUGCAUUUAAAGGUUUCAAACGAGCAUAUUUCUCUUUCCGUGAUUUGUAUCUAAGCUGGCAUGCCAAUUCAAAUGACCUAAGUGGUCCUCCAUUGGGUCAUAUUUAUCUAAAGGGUUGCGAAGUCACUCCAGAUAUAACAGUUUCUAGUGGGAAAUUCCAUAUCAAGCUUUCAAUUCCCACAGCUGAAGGAAUGAAUGAGAUGGUCCUCAAAUGUGAUACAGAGCAUCAAUAUUCACGCUGGAUGGCUGCAUGUCGUCUUGCCUCACGUGGCAAAACAAUGGCCGAUGCAUCUUACCAGUCCGAAGUUGAUUCUAUCAAGAAGCUUCUUCAGAUGCAAUCUGCUGGAAUUGGGCAAAAUGGAACUAAUAAAAGAAAAUGUCCAGCUGUUCAGUUGCCACCCGAUUUCAAUGUUGAAGAGUUUGUCUCUCAGCGAUACGUUCGCCGUGCAAGAUCUAAGCAAGCGCUUCAGCAACGCAUAUCUGAUGCCCAUGGAAAUGUUCGGAAUUUAUCAAGUACGGAGGCAAAAUUGCAAUAUAUUCGCACCUGGGAGGCGCUUCCUGAACAUGGAAUGCACUACUUUGUCGUCCGUUUCAGAAAUAGUCGCAAAGUAGAUUUGAUUGGAAUUGCUUUCAAUCGCUUGAUGCGAUUGAAUAUAGAAAAUGGUGAAAGCUUAAAAACAUGGCGUUUUUCAACAAUGAAAAAGUGGCAUGUAAAUUGGGAAAUUCGUCAUUUAAAGAUUCAGUUCGAGAACGAAGAUGUAGAAUUUAAACCAAUUUCAGCUGACUGCAAGGUUGUUCAUGAAUUUAUCGGUGGUUAUAUUUUCCUUUCACUAAGAAAUAAAGAACAGAGCCAGUCGCUAAAUGAAGAAUUGUUCCACAAACUAACAGGUGGAUGGGCCUAA